AUGUCGAGGGCGGAAGGAUGGGCUUUGCGACUGCAGCCAUUCGAUUUCGAAAUAAAACAUAUUGCUGGAUCCACGAAUAUUUCAGAUACAUUAUCGCGAUUAUGUUCCCAAACUGACUUACCUUUCGACGACAACGCUGAGCAUUUUCUGUGUACAAUCGGUGAAGGUCCUACGGCAAUAACUCUUGAGGAAAUCAAAUCGGAAACUAGGCUCGAUGAGACGUUGAUCGGUGUUGUAAAAGCAUUGGAGUCGGGAGAUUGGCCGUCAAUACUUUUUCGUUAUCACGCUUUUGCAGCUGAGCUGGGUGUUACGAAUGGAAUAAUUAUUCGGGACGAUCGAAUUGUUCCGCCUGAGAAGUUGAGAUCUAGGGCUCUAGACAUCGCCCACAGAGGCCACCCUGGGAUAGUAUCCAUGCGCCGAACUCUUAGAGAGAAGGUAUGGUGGCCGUGCAUGGAUCGGGAUGUCGUCAACAAGAUUCAGGAAUGUUCGGGUUGUGCUGCGGUUAGUAAUCAAUUGCCACCAGAGCCAAUGCAGAGGAAAGAGAUGCCGGACCGUGCCUGGCAACAAAUCGCUAUCGAUUUCUUUUCAGCCAAGGCAUGUGCAACAUUUUUGGUAGUUAUGGACUACUACAGUAGAUUCCUGCAUGUAGUUGAAAUGAAUGGUACAACAGCAACCAAAACGAUUGAAGCACUGGAAACAAUAUUUAUUGAGCAGACGUACCCAGAAACGAUUCGAAGCGACAAUGGGCCACCAUUCUCGAGCGAUGAAUUCGCAAAGUAUUGUACAUCAAAGAACAUUAGACUGGUACGAACAAUCCCAUACUAG